AUGGAACACAAGAAGGUGCUGCUUCUGCUUCUCUUAUUUCUGGAAGCAGGUCACGGAGACCCUCUGGACAGCUAUGUCAGUACGCAGGGGGCGUCGCUGCUAACGCGCACCAAGAAGAGUCUGGAAGCAAGGAGCACAGCCGAGUGCGUGGCAAAAUGCGAGGGAGAGACGGACUUUGUCUGCAGGUCUUUCCAGUUUCACAGUAAGGAGCAACAAUGUGUGCUCAUGGCUGAGAACAGCAAGUCAACCCCAGUCUUCAGGAUGAGAGAUGUGGUUCUGUUUGAAAAGAGAAUAUAUCUUUCAGAGUGCAAGACGGGAAACGGAAGGAGCUACCGGGGGACGGUGUCCAAAACGAAAAACGGGGUUGCCUGUCAAAAAUGGAGUGAGAGUUCUCCGCACGUCCCUAAGUUCUCACCCACGAGCCACCCUUCGGAGGGACUGGAGGAGAACUACUGCCGAAACCCCGACGACGACAGGAAGGGGCCCUGGUGCUACACCACCGAUCCGAGCACCAGAUUCGACUAUUGCGACAUUCCCGAGUGUGAAGAUGAGUGUAUGCAUUGCAGUGGAGAAAAUUACGAGGGCAAAAUUUCCAAGACCCAGUCUGGAGUAGAAUGCCAGUCAUGGGACUCGCAGACCCCGCACGCGCACGGCUACCUUCCCUCCAAAUUUCCAGACAAGAACCUGAAGAUGAAUUACUGCCGUAACCCUGAUGGGGAGCCCCGCCCAUGGUGCUUCACCACGGAUCCCAACAGACGCUGGGAAUUCUGCAAUGUCCCACGCUGCACAACACCCCCGCCGUCUUCCGGCCCCACGUAUCAGUGUCUGAAGGGAAGAGGUGAAAACUACGUUGGCAAUGUGGCUGUCACUGUCUCUGGGCAAACUUGUCAGCGCUGGAGCGAACAGACCCCUCACAGGCACAACAAGACCCCGGAAAACUUUCCCUGCAAAAAUUUGGAGGAGAACUACUGUCGUAACCCUGACAAAGAAUCAGUUCCGUGGUGCUACACAACCAACAGUGAAGUGAGGUGGGAAUACUGCAACAUCCCGUCCUGUGAGUCCUCUGCCCCGUCCACAGAGCAGCAGGACGACACAGUGCCACCUGAACAAACUCCCGUGGUCCCUGAGUGCUACCAGGGCAAUGGACAGAGCUAUCGGGGUACAUCGUCCACCACAAUCACAGGCAGGAAAUGUCAAUCUUGGUCGUCCAUGAUACCACACCGGCACUUAAAGACCCCAGAAAAAUACCCAAAUGCAGGCUUGACCAUGAACUACUGCAGGAACCCGGAUGCCGACAAAGGCCCUUGGUGUUACACCACCGACCCGCAGGUCCGGUGGGAGUUCUGCAACCUGAAAAAAUGCUCAGCAACACAAGUGACUGUCACAAACGCUCCGCCCGAAACCCACGUUGUCACUACAGAGAGCUCUUUGCAAUCAGACUGCAUGUUUGGCAACGGGAAGGCGUAUCGGGGCACCAGGGCCACCACUGUGGCUGGCACCACGUGCCAGGGCUGGGCUGCCCAGGAGCCCCACAGACACAGCAUUUUCACUCCCAAGACAAAUCCACAAGCCGGUCUGGACAAAAACUACUGCCGGAACCCUGACGGGGAUGACAACGGUCCCUGGUGCUACACGACGGAUCCCAAAAAACUUUAUGACUACUGCGAUGUCCCUCAGUGUGUGUCCUCGUCAUUUGAUUGUGGAAAGCCCAAGGUGGAGCCGAAGAAAUGUCCUGGAAGGGUCGUAGGUGGGUGUGUGGCCAAAGCACAUUCCUGGCCGUGGCAAGUCAGUCUUAGAACAAGAAUGAGGAUGCAUUUCUGCGGAGGCACCCUGAUCGCCCCGGAGUGGGUGCUGACUGCAGCCCACUGCCUGGAGAGGUCCUCAAGGCCGUCGUCAUACAAGGUCAUCCUGGGUGCUCACCGAGAAAGGAACCUGGAACCAGAUAUUCAGGAGAUAGAAGUGGCAAAGAUACUGCUGGAGCCCACCCGGGAGGAUAUCGCGCUGCUGAAGCUGAGCAGCCCUGCCAUCAUCACUGACAAGGUCAUCCCGGCUUGUCUGCCAUCCCCAAAUUACGUGGUCGCGGACCGGACCGUGUGCUACAUCACUGGCUGGGGCGAAACCCAAGGCACCUUCGGUGCUGGCCUCCUCAAGGAGGCGCAGCUGCCGGUGAUCGAGAACAAGGUGUGCAAUCGCUUCGAGUACCUGAACGGGAGAGUCAAGCCCACCGAGCUCUGCGCCGGGCUCCUGACCGGAGGCGCUGACAGUUGCCAGGGUGACAGUGGAGGGCCCCUGGUCUGCUUCGAGAAGGACAAAUACAUCUUACAAGGAGUCACUUCUUGGGGUCUUGGCUGUGCACGCCCCAAUAAGCCUGGUGUCUAUGUCCGUGUUUCAAAGUUUGUCUCUUGGAUUGAAAGUGCAAUGAAAAACAAUUAA